AUGGUGUAUAUGGGUGGUCAUGUCUUCUUCGCACCCCGGGGCAGCGCACUCCCAGCCGCACAUACCGGCCCCCGCCCAUCGACUCCCCAAAUGCAAAGCGCCCAGCAUGUCGUCUUCUGCGUCGAGGACACGGUCGGGCUCAUCGACGACAGAUACAGCGUCGGUAUCAUAGAGCGCUCCUUUGGCGACGUAGACUCGCACGAGCCCCGCCCCCAGCGCGACUAUCCCGAUGACAUCGAGUGCCAUGGCGACAUUCCCCAAGACCAAUUCGCAAAGUUUAUCAAGGACGGCAUCCCUCCGCGCGGCACCGUCCUCGUCUCGUGGCAGACGCAGUACAAGACCGAGCUCAUCCCAGAGGCCAGGCUGCAGCUGCUCGACCGCGCCCUCUAUGUGGGCGAUGUCGUAAAGCGCAAGGCUGAGGACUACAUGAGUGGUACCGUUAUCGGAACCCAGGCUGUCUGCACUCUCUUCCCCGCCACUCUCUUCAACGGCGGGCACAUUACCCAGGCGAUUACCGACGACCACUCGGUGCGUAAUGUGGCCGCUGACGAGCUCAUCAACGUCCACGAGUUUGUCGAGGGAGCCCUCGUCGUCUAUGGCGACUGGGUUGGCCGUGUGGAAAAUGUCUACGACGAGGUCGCUAUCAAGCUCGCAAAUAACUCAGUCGUCGUGGUUGAGGACCCCUCGGAGCUGACUCAAGACGACACCACCAUAGACCGCCUCAGCGUCGGAGACACGUGCAAGACAAAAAAGGGAAAUUUGCGGAGGGGCCGCUGGCGCUUUGGCGCAUACGACCCCAGUGUGCCCCCCGUCGGCAUGGUAGUCGAGACACGAGCAACUGAAAUCGACGUGCAAUGGCUUGCCAGGAGCAUCGGCUCCCGCAAUCGCGCUUUCGCCGCGGAGGAGCCGCCAGUCACCCUUAGCCGCGACGAGUUUGAGAGCCCCACCUUCUACAAGUACGACGCGUCAGGCGGCACUGCCACAACACUUCCUCUGUCUGAGAAUGGUGUCGAUAAGUCAUAUCACGUUGCCGAUGUGGCCGUGGGAGACCGUGUCCGCUUCAAGGAUGUUGCGGGCGCUGCUGUCAAGUACGAUGGCACUCACACUCUGCCCGACGGACAUGCACAAGGCAAGGUCACGCGCAUACCCCGAACUGACUCUUUGGGCUACGACCUCAAUGUCUUUCUCGUCACACAGACUCACAGCCAAGUCACCGUGCAAUGGCAGGACCUGUCAAUAACACAUGAUCUCAGCUCCGCCCUACUGCCCGACCCCAACGUCGAGGAUGACGACGAGGUAUGGCCGGGAGAGCUCAUCUUCUCAAAAGAAAACCGCAAAGACGAUGAUGAAGAAGAAUCGGAGACGAAGAGGCCUGCAAAAGUAGGCAUUGUCCAGACUGUCAAGGGUCGAGAUCGGAUAGCGACUGUGCGGUGGUUCAAAAACGCUUUCGUAGAAUUCUUUGGCAAUGACCUGCUCCCGCCAUGCACUACAGGCGAGCUCAGUGACGCCAUUGAAGAUGUUAGUCUGUACGACAUUUACUCGCUGCAAGCCCUUACGCGACGCCGUGGCGAUUUCGUCAUUCUAAAUCCAGACAACGUUGAAGCUAUACAGUCUACGACCAACAUUACCGGCCCCAAUUGGUUUGGCGAGGUCAUUGAUCUAGGCUUGGACGGUAAACUGACUGUUCGUCUUGGUGCCGCGAAGCCUGUAGUUGAUGUCAAGGUCCCCUAUGAGUGCGUUCACCUUGCCUACAGCAGUGAUAUGGCCGAUGAUUUCGUCAACAACCUUGGAGAGCUCGACGGCGACUCCAUCGAAGACUCGGACGAAGAAUUUGAUUCCGAUGACUUCGACUCCGCCUCUUUUAACGAAAUGUGGAUUGAGUACGAAGGCAUGGAGGGCGAGCCACCCGUCGGAGAUGAGAGCGACUGGUCAACCGAAGAGGAAGAUGACGACCCCGACGACGACGAUAAUGAUGACGAGUCAAUGCCAGAUCUAAUUGACACCACAAAGGAAGACGUCGAUACCACCAAGACUACCCCUGAGAUCAAGUCGCCCCCGACAAAAGAUGAGAAGCUUGAUUCACACCCAGAGCCAGAGGCCGAUGACACACACAUGGAGCACGGAAACACCGAGUCAUCCACUGCAGGACCGGCAUCAUUCGUCAUCCUAGAUACGCCCCCACCAUCGUCACAUCGCUACGUUGGAAUGUCAUCGACAUCGUCGUCCGCCUUCAUGCGCCGUAUUGCCAAAGAGCACAAGAUUCUUCGCAGCUCAUUACCGCCUGGAAUCUACGUCCGCACCUGGGAGUCACGCCUCGAUCUUUUGCGCGUGCUUAUGAUUGGCCCUAACGACACACCCUACGAAUUUGCUCCAUUCGUCAUUGAUUUUCACCUCGGUUCGUCGUACCCGCAACAAGCGCCCGAUGCCUAUUUCCACAGCUGGACCAACGGCAACGGCGCAGUCAAUCCGAAUCUGUACGAAGAUGGAAAGAUUUGUUUGAGUUUACUGGGGACAUGGCACACAGAUGAGCGAAACGAGAGCUGGAGUCCUGCAAAGAGUACACUGCUCCAAGUCCUGGUUUCGCUCAUGGGUCUGGUGCUGGUAAAAGAGCCGUACUACAAUGAAGCAGGAUACGAUGUACAUCGUUCGGCACCAGAGACCAAGCUCAGCAGCGCUUUGUACACGGAACGAGCCUACUUUCGCGCAAGGGCUUUCAUACACCAUGCACUUACUCACGACGUCGAGCCUUUCAAGCAGGAACUGGAGUAUCUGUACCUAAGUCAAGAAGACGAUGCACCAAAGCUACUCGACAAAGCAAUCGCUGCCGCUAAGGACAUCGUCGAGCGCAGUACUGAUGCGAAUGAAGAGGGAGAGCGUGAUGGUCUGCGCAAGAUCAGUUUGGGUGCUCUAGUUAUGCUCAAGCGCCAGAUUGAGAAACUAGAGGACCUGAACAAACCAAAGGCGUGA